AUGGAUAAUGACAGUGAUGAAGAGUCACCUGAAAUAAAGCAAACAUUAUUGGAAGAAGAAAUACAAAAAGGAAUAAUCGAUGAAAAAUCUAAUAAUAAAGUAUCAAAAUUAGCCUCUGACGCCCCAAGGAUUAAAAAUAGAGCUAGGAAAUCCAUACCCCGUGAAUGUUUAGACAAAGAAGACUGGAUUAAUUUAUUAGCAACUCCACGUCGCAUCCGUACUCCACCACAAACUAAAAGUGAUAAAAACAAACGGGUGACAUUAAUACGCGAUAAAUUAUCAGAACCUCCUCGUCAUCGUAUUGUCUCAACUUUACGAGAUCGUAAAAAUAUUUUGCCAGCACCGCUGAUAGAUCGCUUAAUUAAUAUAUUGGAAUUUGAGGACUCUCUAAGCCCAGAACAAGCGGAAGAGUUGUUCUUCGACACAAAAAAGAAGAAAAAAACGAAAUUAAAAACAAUUAUAUGCCGUGGUAAAGCGAUAAAAGCAUCACCAGAAACUGAUGAAUUUAAUAGAGAUGCAGUGCUGUGUCAAUAUAAAUUAGCGGAAGCAUUAGUACGCAGCAUUCUCACUUGGGAAUGUCCAUUACCCCGUGAAGAAUUCAAAGAUAUAGCGGAAGUAAUAUUGAACCGGUUAACUGGCGUUAUUAUUAACGGGUCACACUCGGCCUUGGACGAGGACGAAAAAGUGUAUCAGCAAAUGCGUAUUAUCUCUGACAUAGUGGCUUGCUGGGUCGCUGGCAUUCUCAUUGAAGUCGCUCAGAAUAAUGAACAGCUGCUGAGAGAAGAGUGCGAAGAAAGGAAAAAGGCCACUGAAGAUGAUGUGUACGAUGACGACAGCGAUGAUGUUAUUGAUGAAUAUUCAACUGACUCUAAUCUGCUCUAA